CUGGCAAGCUAAAGUUACAAAAGUAUGGCAUCACAACAAAGAGUUGCAUGUUUUUACAAAAAUCUUAAGAAAAUCGAACGAUGGCAGGUGUUCUGUUUGAAGAUAUAUUUGAUGUUAAAGAUAUUGAUCCUGAAGGGAAAAAAUUUGAUCGAGCCAGUCGAUUGCACUGUGAAAGUGAGUCAUUCAAGAUGGACUUAAUUUUGGACAUUAACAUACAAGUGUAUCCCAUGGAGCUAGGAGAUAAAUUCCGUCUGGUAAUUGCUUCUACUCUGAAAGAAAGUGGCUUACCCGAUGAUGGUGAGUGGAAUAACAUCGGCGAAGGGGGUCCGUCACGAGCUGACUCAUUCGAAUAUGUAUGUUAUGGAAAAAUAUAUCGUAUAGAAGGAGACGAUGGUGCAUCAGAAGCUUCAAGACUUGCCGCAUAUGUUUCUUUUGGAGGCUUGUUGAUGCGAUUGCAAGGUGAUCCGAACAAUUUACACGGAUUUGAAGUGGAUAAUCAUGUGUAUUUACUCCUUAAGAAACUAGCUUUCUGAUCAUUUUGUGUAAUUCGUUUUGUAAAUAAACAUCAUUCAUUUUUUAAA